UGCUUCGCCCCUCUUCGCGUCUCUCAUCUUUCUCUCUCUACCCAACUGUUUGAAGAACCAGUCUCUCUCUCCCCCUCCCUCCCUCCCCCUCUCUCUCUCUCUCUCUCUCUCUCUCUCUCUCUCCAUGUUCCGUGUCUUGGAAUUCGAAGUGAGACAUUCCCAUUUCCUGAUUAUCUGAUUAUUGGUAGAGACAAUUUUUGUUGGAUGAUUUUGGCUUGCAAGCGUAGCAAUGAGUCACCACCGUCCAGCCUCAGGGAAAAAAAAAUUAAAAGAUUUAUUACUUCAAAGAGACAAUCGUGUUUGUGCUGAUUGCGGUGCUCCAGACCCUAAAUGGGCGUCAGCAAAUAUUGGAGUCUUUAUAUGCUUAAAAUGCUGUGGCGUGCACAGAAGCCUUGGUACGCAUGUCUCGAAGGUUUUGUCUGUGACAUUAGAUGAAUGGUCUGAUGAUGAAAUUGAAGCAAUGGUUGAGGUUGGAGGGAAUGCUUCUGCAAAUUCUAUUUAUGAGGCUUUUAUUCCUGAAGGAUUCUCAAAGCCUGGACCGGAUGCUAGUCAUGAUCAUCGUUCAAAAUUUAUUAGGUCUAAGUAUGAGCUUCAAGAGUUCUUAAAGCCUAGCUUGCGAAUCUCAUCAACUAAAAAUAAGAGCUUUCUCCAAUCAAGUUUAUCCAGAAAGAUUAUGGAUAGUUUUCGAAGUUCAAGUUCACAGAAAUCGGAAGGCAUGGUGGAAUUUAUUGGAUUAUUGAAGGUCAGAGUAAUAAAAGGCACAAAUUUAGCUGUCAGAGAUAUGCUGUCAAGUGAUCCUUAUGUAGUCCUGACUCUUGGCCAGCAGAAGGUCCAAACACAUGUAGUAAGGAGCAAUCUGAAUCCAAUUUGGAAUCAGGAGCUCAUGCUUUCUGUUCCUCAGGAAUAUGGGUCCGUAAAAUUGCAAGUUUAUGAUCAUGACACAUUUUCGGCUGAUGACAUAAUGGGGGAAGCCGAGAUUGAUAUUCAGCCAAUGAUAACCUCGGCAAUGGCAUUCGGAGAUGCUGGUAUGUUUGGAGACAUGCAGAUCGGAAAAUGGUUGAUGUCGCCCGACAACGCACUCCUAGAGGAUAGCACUGUAAACAUUAUUGAAGGAAAGGUGAAACAAGGGGUGUCGCUUAAGCUCCAGAACGUGGAAUGUGGAGAAGUAGACUUAGAACUAGAAUGGAUGCCUCUUGAGCAAUAAAUAGGUGGUGUAUAUAUAAUUUAUUUUUUCCCCUCAUUUAGAUUCAAAAAGUAAAUGUAAUGUUGUGUGAAUUACUUAUAUGGAAUUGCACCAUACACAGUUCGUUCUUUUGUA